AGGGAGAGAGAGAGAGAGAGAGUUUUGAAGAAGAAAAAGAUGAACACAGACAUCACAGCAUCGGCAAAGCCGGAGUACCCAGUGAUCGAUCGAAACCCUCCCUUCACGAAGACUGUCGCCAACUUCAACACCCUCGAUUACCUCCGCCUCUCCACCAUCACCGGCAUUUCCGUCACCGUCGGCUACCUCUCCGGAAUUAAGCCCAACAUUAGGGGUCCUUCGAUGGUGACUGGAGGUUUGAUCGGUCUCAUGGGAGGGUUCAUGUACGCUUACCAGAACUCUGCUGGGAGGCUCAUGGGUUUCUUCCCCAACGAGGGUGAGGUUGCUCGGUACAAGAAAUUGGAACCUUCUAGGGUUUAAUUUGGUGUUUACAUUCGAAGUAGAGAAAAUCGAAAAGGCAACAAUUUGGGUAUGUUUGGUUUCUGUACGAGGCAUUUGAUCUUGCUAUGAAUAAUCAGAUUGUUGUUUCUGUUUCCAAUUGUGCACUCUCUUUGUUGACUUAUUGUGGCAUUUUUCUUAACCUUCUAUUGUUUUCUAUUGAUUACUCAAGUGAUUUUUUGUUCUUAUA